UUAUUUUUGGGUUGUUGGCCCGGGGGGCUGCUGACAGAGCAGAUCCAGCUGAAAACAGCUUGAGGGGUUUUCAGAGAAGAUCAGGGACAUAGACACAUGCAAGAGAGGGAUUGGCCCAUGAAGACUCCAAAAUGACCAGUAAAGUAAUGGACCUGAUCUACUGGAAGGAUAUGGAGCGGACAGGGAUGGUGCUCACAGGAUUGGUGGUGGGACUGCUGUCCCUGUUUCAGCUGAGCAUCAUCACUGUAGUGUCCACGCUCUCCCUGGCCAUCAUGUGCUUCACCAUCUCAGUCAGAAUCUAUUACAAACUGCUGCAAGUGCUCCAGCUGGGAGAUGGAGCUCACCCUUUCCAGUCAUAUCUAGAGUUGGACAUCAGUUUAAGUGGGGAAGAGGCUCAGCACUACAUGCAGAAGGCCAUUGUGCUGUCCUUCUCUGCCGUCGACGCACUGAGGAACCUCAUCUUUGUGGGCAACCUGUUCAACUCACUUAAGUUAUUGUUGCUGAUGUAUCUGGUCACGUUCCUGGGAAACCUCUGCAAUGGCCUUACCUUGCUCAUCAUUGGUGUGAUUGCUGUCUUCUCUGUCCCUCUGUUUUACACAAAGCACCAGGACAAAGUGGACAGCUGCUUUAUAGCAGUGCAAGCCCAUAUUGACAACAUAAAGGACUUCCUUCAUCGCCUGGCCCAGGGUGGCGGACCACCCUCCGACCCCACUCCCGGUGGAGCUAAACCCAAAGCCCAUUGAGACCCCUCUCAGAGGAGGAGGAGCUACACACUGUCACUCAAAAAUGUCUUAAAUAGCAGUUUGUCCUCUGAGUCCCGCCUCUUGCAGCAGUGGGGGAGGGGCUAAUGACACAGGGGCCUUACAUAAGAGGAGAUACGGAUUUAAGGGAGGACCACGCAAAGAACAAUCUUGGAUGAAAAUCAAAGGCUUUGGAAUUCGGAGAAGUUAAAGACAUUUUCAUUUCCACAUUUCAGUGUCAGUUUGAGUGUAUGAAUGAAACAGACCAUUAAGAUACUUGAGCCACCCGUACAAUAAUAGCCCCUUGAGACUUAUCUGAAUGAACAUGGAUGACUUCAGUGAAGUAAAAGGGGCUAGUAUCCAGACUGAAUGCAGUUCGCCUGCCAGAAACAUAAUGCAGGACCAGUAUUCAUUGUAUUGGUGUGUAUAUGUGUGUGUGUGUGUGUGUGGGCAGCUUAAGCCUGUUAAAGUUCCUAAGAGCUAUUAAAACCACAAUGUUAUUUUCUUUUCCAAUG